AAUAUCUAGCUGAGUCAGCAUGCCAAGCACGAGCUCAAAAUCAUCGUUGAGAACGACAACGACAGGCAGAGACAGCAUCAAACCUCACUUCCAUCACGCACGACGGAACCAAUUGGCCUUGGAAGAAGCCAAUUGCUUUAUGACAGCUCAUACUCUGCAUCCGCAUGUCUCGAUGUCGGCAUAGGCUCUACCAGGCUCUUCAGCAGCACGGUACUGCCAGGCCCGAUCACAUUUGGAUUAGCGACGAACUCGUUAAUGAAGGCUUCUCCCGGUUUACAAGACACCACAAAAGAUAUGGCAGCUCUGUCCCCGGCCCUCUCGAGGCUCAAAAACGACACUCGAGGCGGAGGCACGCCGCUUUGGCCCUCAUGGGAUCUUCCUCACCGGCGGUAGAUCCCGCGAUUCUGUUUGGGAAGCCAGCACAACAGAACUCGGACGUGCAUCCCAUUGAGGCCAAUCCGUGGUCUCUGCAAGCGCAAGAGGCUUUUCCAUAUCUGUACAAUGACGCGCCUCCCGUUCCCCACCCAUGGGGAGCCGACAAUGCGCAAACCUCACAAUUCGACUCGAUUCCUGAUAUUUCCGUUCCUACUUCUACUCCAAGUUAUGAUUUUCUUAAGAAGCACUUGUCCUCGUCGGCGUGGCGGUCAGCUUCGUUAGAUGAAUUCAGACAACACAUUACUGUUUUAGGGCUUGACCUGCGAGAACGACCUCUCGUCAGUCGAACAGCUCUUUCCGAGAUCCUUCUGGUUCAGAACCGCAUCGGUCGAUCCAGGAGAUGGGAUAUUGAUGACCUAUAUGACUUCUUCAGUGACCCUUUCCUGAAUGUUCCUGCAGCUGAGAAUUACGUUACCCUGGUCGAACACUGUGUCAUGCAUACAGAGAGGAAGACUAGGCUAUACGCUCACUUUCGAUUCCUAAAGCGUUCCAUCAUGCUUGGUCUUGUCCCUGUGGAGGAGAUUUGUAAAAUAAUUAAGCUUAUACCGUCGAUCAAAACCAAAACUCGGGAACACGGCAAAAGUACCAUUGGGAAAGCCAACUCAGGCGAUGUUGCUUCAUGCUAUCAGGCUAUUUGGGAUGGGCUCAAGUCGUCUCCUGUAUUAACUCCGUCUGAUAUUGGCAGGGAAACAAUGGCAUUGUGGGUAGAAGAGAUCUUAAAAGCGUCACCGCCAGGUAGACUUUCGCAACUUGGUAUGAAUGUUAUCCAUACGUUAGACGGCCCUGGGACCUCUGGUUCGAAUUUAUUGGCGGAUGUUCUUCUUCGGCGCGUUAUCCUCAUGGCAGCCUCUGCGCCAAAAUCAACGAUAAAAGACAUUCCAAAUGACGCCCUACACGAAAUCCUCUCUUAUACCAAGGCACUCCUCGAUUCAUGUUCUCCCGAAUCUGCGGUCACGCACAUUUUAAGAAUAACCGAACUGUUAGUAUUUUCGCCAGUAUAUAACAAGUGGAGUGCCCAAUCGCUUUAUAUCUGGCACUGGACACUCUCCCGUCUAGACAAUGAUUUAGUGUUAUUCUCUGCUACUUCGAGGAGUAACUUUGAUUCCGCUUCGAGUUUGGCGUCACCGCCUUUGGAAAACAAUGGCUUAAACACACCAAAUCGACUUAAGCGUUUGCUUGAGAUGUGGGUCGUAGCUGUUCUGGGACACGCCUCCGCCAGCUAUACAAUACUAGAUUUCCGACGUCGGAGUGUAUUUCGUCGCCUUUUAUCUUCCCUUGAUCGAACGUUAGGCGCAUUCAGAGGCACGGAUAUUCUAACCCGGCUGCGGAUAUACCUCCAAGACUCUCGUCUACGCGAUUUGCCUGCGACGGACCUUGUGCUGUCAAACGCUGCCGAUAUAGAGUUCGCAAAAGCACGAAAGCAGUUUUAUUGGAGCAAACAAAGCGGACAUACCGGUGGGCCCAGCUCCCUCGACCCGGCCAUAAAAGCAAAACUCCUUGAUCCCACCCACAGCCCUAAAACAAUCAAAGAAAUCCUCCCCUACUUCUCCAUGUACACCCGGAACCGCGGAGCGAUAUAUUCAACAUUUGAUCGACUAGCAAAAAUCACAGACGUUACCUCUCCUUCCUUUAUCCACCAAAUCAUCAGCUUCACAGAAGCUGGCGCGAUCCCGCGCAGCGCCGUCCUGCGCCUCCUCCGGCGCCACACUCCGUUAAAAGUCGCUCUGUCUCGCUGCUGGCAGCAACCGGCAGUGACAUAUGCUGUAGCAGAACCUGGAACGUCGCCACCAGAUCCCUGUUUAUACCCAAACCCCAUCGAAUGUCUGCGCAUGUUACAUAUCCUCGCACUCGUGUUUUCUUGCACAACGACAGUGACGCCCACGACAUCCUGGCGAUUGACUCAAUGGGUGUAUUUGUUCAUCGUCCAGCAUCAUGGACCUGUGUCACCCAUAUUAACUCGAGCACUUUUCCAGGCUGGCGUUACGCGGUACCGUGAAGCGGGUAAACCGGUGCCGAAACGUAAAUAUGCGUUUAUUAUGCAGAAGAUUAAAGAGGCAGAAGGCACUGCUGUUGCAAAUGCGCUUUUGGAUGCGGAACUGGCCUGAGCAUGAGUGGGUAUUUGAGUUGUAUAAGUUCCCGGAGCGGAUCAACCUAGGUAGAUUUAUGGCUACAUUCCAUAGAGAGGCAGCAAUUAUAUUUUACAGUUGGAUGUUGACAUACACACUCGUCUAUGUGGAAUUUUCCGCCACUUUACAUCAAACACCUACCACGUAGGCGAAUAAAACUGGGCAAAAAUCAACCCUGUAAACACGCAACCCGAAUAUAAAAAAGAAGAGCAUCUUCGUCUAGGAAUAACAUAUAAAAAGAGACUAACAGCGCUGUGAGGUUUAAAAAAAAUCAUAUAGAACCAAGGGUACGAUUAAGAAUCCACCUCCAUCUUCUCAGCAACAACAGUCCCUUCACUCCCAAGAUCCUCCACGGUAAUAUAUCUCCCGAUAUCUGCCUUAGUAAUAACCUUCUCAUCCAACCAUGCCGUCGUCCCCUUAGCGAACCGAUAAGUCCUCUCCUUCUGGCCCCUCUCGUUGGGUUUAAUGUAAUUCCUCAACAGCUGUGUCGGCUUAUCCUGGUAGAUUACGCACACAUCCACAUUACUUCCAGAGCCCAAGUCGUUAAAAAUACCCGCCUUAAUCGCCUCCGAACACAGUUUCACGGCGUCAUCCCUGUUCAGCGACGGCCUCCACAUCGUUUCAAACACAGACAUGGCUGCGAGGGAACCGGAGCCCAUCGUCACGUAGGGCAAUUUGUCAGUGGAACCGUGGGCGUGGACGGUGAAGAGGCCGACACCAGUAGGAUCAACGCCGGCGACGACGAGAUAAGCGCCAAUGUAGCCCUGGUGUCGGAAUAGGUGCUGUUUGAGCAUGGUCAUGCAGGUGACGACGCGCGGGGCCCGGCCUGUGGAGAGAGCAUGGAGUUCGAGAUUGGAGCUGAUGAGGGCGGUGGUGAAUUCGGUAUCUGCCGCUGUACCGGCGCCAGCACACCAGAUUUUCGGGCUGAUGUAGUGGAGUUUUUCACAGUUCUAGAUUUGAUUUAGCAGGUGGUAAUACCAGGCUGGUUCGGAAGUUUUUGACACGUAAGGGAAGUGUGGUAGGCAGGUAAAG